AUGGAAGCAAAACAGAUUGUUUUCCUCUUCCUCCUCAUCCCCAUUAUCAUCUCCGUCUCAUCAGAGCCCCUCCAACAACACCAGACCUUCUUCCCCACCUCACUCCCCCAAGUAACCCAAGAUUUAGAAACCCUCUCCUGGGACAUUCCCAAACAAUUCUCUGAUGAUUCCGAAUCCGAAUCAAUUGUCGUCCCCCUACACCACUGCCUGUACGAGGUCACGUACGGAGACCAAUCCACCACCUCGGGCACGUUUUCCACCGAGACACUGACCUUCGGAGCCACCAAAUUGCCGCGACUCCCCUUGGGCUGUGGUAACGACAACAAGGGCUUGUUUUCCGGGUCCGCCGGUCUGCUCGGCCUCGGCCGCGGGAAACUGUCCUUCCCGGCCCAGGCCGGCAUAAACAAUUUCUCCUACUGCCUCGUGGGACGCUACUCAAACUCGUCGUCGUAUUUGAUGUUCGGCGACUCGUCGGUCUCCAGGAAAGCGGUUUUCACGCGCCUGCUCACCAAUCCCGAAAUCGGCACGUUUUACUACGUCGAGUUGAAAGGGAUCUCGGUGGGCGGGACCCGGGUGCGGGGAAUCAAACCGUCCGUUUUCAAGAUAAACACAACCGCGGGCCUCGGAGGGGUGAUUGUGGACUCGGGCACGUCCGUGACCUGGCUGGUCCAGCCCGCCUAUGACGCGCUGAGGAAAGCUUUCAAUGACAGUGCUUCUUCUGACCUGAAGCCGGCGGCCGAGGGAUUCGAAAACCUUGACACGUGUUUCGAUUUACGCGGGAAGAAGGAGGGGAAGGUGCCAACGGUGGUGCUGCACUUCAAAGGCGCUGACAUGCACCUGCCGGCCUCGAAUAUCCUGAUUCCGGUGGACGAUAACGGCAAGUUCUGCUUUGCGUUUGCGGGCACGACCAACAGUCUCGGGAUGUCCAUAAUUGGUAAUGUUCAGCAGCAGAGAUUCCGAGUCAGUUUCGACCUGGCCAAUGAGAAAAUCGGCUUCGCACCAGAAAAUGAACUUCUUCUUCUUCUUCUUCUUCUUCUUCCUCUUCCUCCUCUUCAGCUAUCACAUCUCCAUCUCAUUUUCAUCAGAGCCCCUCCAUUACCAAACCCUCUUCGUCAAACCACUCCCCAAAUUACCCAAAUUGGAAACUCUAUCAUGGGACACCAAACAAUUCUUCGAAUCCCUAUCCGAAUCCGAAACCCCACCCAUCAUCGUCCCCCUGCACAACAUCGACCACCUCUCCCCUACCUCCAACUCCACACGGGAGUCCCUCAUCUUGAAACGCCUUCAUCGAGAUGCCAUCCGUGCCCAAGCCACAUCUUCCAGCUGAAUAAAUCCGCCUCCUUCGCAAAUGCCGGUUGCAACUCCACCCCCUGCAAACUCCUCAAAAUAGGGGAGUGCAAAGAAGAUGGCGACAUAUGCACCUACGAGGUCAGGUACAGUGACGAAUCCGACACCAUUGGUGUAUCCUACGGGGACGGCUCCUUCACCUUCGGCGAAUUCUCCACCGAGACGCUCACCUUCCGGAGGACCAAGGUCCCCGCCGUCGCCCUCGGCUGCGGCCACGACAACGAGGGCCUCUUUGUCGGCGCCGCCGGCCUUCUCGGCCUCGGCCGGGGGCGGCUCUCAUUCCCCACCCAGGCCGGCCCCCGGUUCGGGAGAAAAUUCUCUUACUGCCUCGUGGACCGGUCGGCCUCGUCCAAGCCGUCGUCCAUGGUGUUCGGCGGCUCGGCCAUCUCCCGGCGCGCCGCCUUCACGCCGCUGGUGGCGAACCCCAAGCUCGACACGUUCUACUACGUGGGCCUGAACGGGAUUUCGGUGGGCGGCGCACGGGUGCCCGGGAUCACGGCGUCGCUCUUCCAGCUCGACAGCACCGGCAACGGGGGUGUGAUAGUAGACUCGGGUACGUCCGUGACCAGGCUGACCCGACCCGCAUACGUGGCGCUGAGGGACGCGUUCCGGGCCGGAGCCUCCAACCUGAGGCCCGCCUCGGAGUUCUCCCUCUUCGACACGUGCUUCAACCUGUCCGGGAAGACGGAGGUCAAGGUGCCGACGGUGGUCCUCCACUUCGGCGGCGGGGCCAACGUGCCCCUGCCGGCGUCGAACUACCUGAUUCCGGUGGACGGCGACGGCAAGUUCUGCUUCGCGUUCGCGGGCACCAUGAGUGGGCUGUCCAUAAUCGGCAACAUUCAGCAGCAGGGCUUCCGGGUCGUGUUCGAUCUGGCGGCGAACAGGGUAGGGUUUGCACCCAGA